UUAACGUGAUUUUAAUUUUUGCACAUAAAUACAUAUAGUUCUUAAGAUAUUCAUGCGUAACGUCUGUCCAGAGAUUUUUUCUCCACAACCUGGCGUUGCACACUACUGAUCAUUACCCACAGACUAUAACGUUAGCAACACUCUAUCCCCACGCGAAAUAAGCCGACAGUAUCUGGCUAACUGUUGUCAAAGAAAGACGCGUUUAGUGUGUGCUGUUUUCUUGGAAAAUACAUCGAUACAUCGCAAUCGGAUUUUGUAACAGGUAAAAUGCCAAAAAAUAAGAAGAGAGAAGAUAUUUUAGCGCGAAAACAGGAACUUGAAAGAAAGAAAGAAAAAAAUUAAAAAUAACCCAGAACUAUACGCGAAAUAUAAGGAAAAAAACAAGAAAAAAUAUCAGAAACGAAAACUUGAAGGGAAAGUAGUCUCAAUAAAUAAUUUAACACCAAGGGAUCAAAAAAUGUUAAGAAAAAAGUGGCGAGAAGAUGCUAGACGGUCCUAUCAACGUAAAAAAGAAGAAAAAGCAAGAAUCCAGCGCUUCAUUGAAUGCAACAGUCCUCCUACCAGUCCAGAUAUCGAGAACAUAAAUAUAAAUAUAAAUAAUAUCAAUGAUCUUAGAGAACAACCAUCAACUUCCGCGGUGCUUAAUUAUCAAAGUAAAAGAAUAAACAGAUCGCAUUCUAGGUCUAGAGAAGUUAGUCCAGCUAACUCGCAAGGUUCUUCAGUAAAUUCUGGAAUUAUAUCACCCAAUGCUCAAAAAUUGGUUCGAAAAUUGCGCUACAAAAAAGAUAAAGAAAUAGCAUCCUUACGACUUAAAUUACAAUCAGUAAUAAAGUUAAAUGAUACUUAUCGCAAAAAAAUUUCGAGAAUGAAACCUCUUCAAGAAAUUCGUCAAGAUAAUGUUCGUUCGGUAAACUUAUUUUCUAAACUCCAAAGUUCUCAAAAUGCUAGCCAUGAUGAUCCUAUUGCUGAAGGCGUUUUACGUUCUUACAAGAGCGUAAAAUCUUACAAAAUGAAACAAAUGAUUUCUAAUAGUCUUCAACCGCAUCUUGAAACUUCGAUUCACGCCACUAAAUUUAAAAGUCAGUUCAAGAAUUUGUUUAGAAGACGUAGUUUACCGCUUAAGAACAUGUCAGUCUUGCAAAAGAAAAAUGAUAUAAAAAUAUUUCUCUCAGCUGAUGAUAAUAGUAGCUGUGCGGCAGGAAAGAAAGAAUAUGUUAAGAAAGAUGGUGUUAAAGAACAGAAACGUUAUUUGAAUGAUUCUCUUGGGAACCUUCAUAAAAAAUUUAUGUCCUCUCAUAGAUACGCUGUCAGUUUUAGUACUUUUUGUCGAUUUAGACCAUUUUGGAUUUUACCAGCCUCUAAACGACCUCGAGAAACAUGUCUCUGUGUUAUUCAUGAAAAUUUUAAGCUUUUUGUGUCUGCACUCCACAAAUAUAAAAUAAUUGAACCCAAAGAUCCUACCAAUUUACUUAAAACUAUUUGUUGCUCCGAAAAUAAUGCUAAGUGCCUAUUUCGUGAUUGCCUGGAAUGUAAAAAUAAAUCCAUCAAAUAUUUGGAAUAUGACAGGGAUAUUGUUUUCUGUUAUUGGACCUGGAACUCAAAGACUGAAAAUAUAGUACAAAAUGGAUGUGAUAAAGUAAUAAGACUAGUUAAGAAGGAAAAAAUAGCAAGUAACCCAAAUAUAGCCAUUCAAAAGUUCGAAGAGAUCAUAGAGAAGUACAUGAAUAAUUGUGGAAGAAUGGUUAGUCAGCAAAAGGCAAUAAAGGAAAUUAAAGAACGGUUAAAUUUUGACGAAGCUGUUAUUCACAUCGAUUACUCGGAAAAUUAUAAAUGCGGUUACUCGAAAGAAAUUCAAUCCGCACACUUCGGUGCAAGCAAGCCACAAAUUACCAUACACACCAGUGUGCUUUAUUUCUUUGAUGUUAAUAGAAAAAAACAAACACAAUGUUUUGCCACUCUCAGUCCAAAUCUGCGACAUGACUCAGCAGCGGUAUGGGCCCACAUGGAACCGUUACUAGAUUUCCUUAGAAUACAUUCCCCACAAGUAAAGACCUUUCAUAUUAUUUCAGAUUCUGCUGGCAGUCAAUAUCGAAAUUAUAAAAUAUACUUUGUUAUCACAGCUUUGAAAUGGAACUACCCUGACCUGAAAUGUGUAACAUGGAAUUACUCUGAAUCCGGCCACGGUAAAGGCGCUCCAGAUGGAGUUGGGGCCGUAUUAAAACGUACUGCCGAUGCAAGUGUAAGUCAUGGAAAUGAUGUACAGGAUUUCGAAUCUUUUACACAAUUACUAAAAGACAAGUUGCAAAAUAUAAAAAUCGAUACUAUUUUAGACUAUAAGAUCUUUGAAAAAGAUUUGCUUUUACCAAAUACUUUACUGCCAUUUAAAGGAACACAGAAAGUUCACCAAAUUGUAUGGAGUAAUACAAAGCCAAAAAUGGUAGUAUUAAGAGAACUUAGUUGUACAAAAGAAACCUGUUUAACUUACGCUGAAUUCUGUAAACACGGUAAACAUCUUGGUUUUCAUAGAAUUAUUACAGAGGAAGUUAUAUCACCAGCAAUAUCCAGGUGCUCACGAAAAAGAUCAUCUGCUAUGGCUACUACUCGAAUUUCAGAAAAUUGUUUUGACUCCGACGAAGAUAGCUUUGUUGUCCCUGGUACUAAUGUAGCAGAUGAUUUCAUUCAACCAGAAUUAGUAACAGUUCUUCAUAGAUCGACACCGUUUUCAGCUUUGUCUGAAAUGGAAUUACCUCCGGAACUCCAAAGAAGUACUUUAGAUAACAUAUUAGAUGAAGGGCCUGCGAACGUGACUAUGUCUCCAUUGAAUUCUUUUAAGAAUAUUGAAGGUAAUGAUAGUGAUUCAGACUACACUAUUUUUUAACUAUUUACUGUUUUCUAUUUUGUAUGUGAUUGUUUAACAUAAGGUGUUUAUAAAUCUGUGUGAAAUAGAAGGAGUCAUUGCAUUCAUCAAUCUGAGCAACUGUUUCAAUGUUAUGUCUUUUUCCACAUUACAGAGUCAGUCUCAUAGAAAGGGUUGUUCAGAAUAAUACCUCCAAUGCGGUUCAUUUAUUGCAAGUAUUUUUUUGACAACUCCUAUACUUCUUAAUAUUAUAAUAUAACACGAAAUAAAUCUAAAUAUAAG